UUUUUGUCGUGUGUAUACAAAUUUGUAUGACCAAAGGUCUUUGCAUUUUGUAGGCCUCAGCUGGUGGGUACAUGGUAGCAUUUGCUGGUAGGAAGUAUGCAGCCAGAUCUCAACCAGUCUUUGUCUCCAAUUCCUCAGUUACAGUGUCCAGCUUCACCCUGGUUCUUGAAUUCAACAAAGGCAAGCUUCAGAACCUGCACUGGAAAAAGGAUGGGUGCGGUGCCUGCACAGGGAAGCCAAACUUCAUCUGCCUGGGCAAGCAAACCUGCGCCAUCAGAACAAACAUAUGCAAGAGCAAUAACCAGGGAUCCAUGGACUGCAGCAUCGGCAUCCAGCUGGCCUUCUCGGGCACGGACAAGCACGAGUCGGUCCUCAACUCGUGGUACGAGGUGUCGAACCUGCAGCAGUACUCGCUCUACGGGCUGUACUCAAACGUGAAGGGGUCCCUGAGCGGCCAGUUCAACAAGUUCUUCUAGGCUCUCCUGGAACGACCGUUUGUCCAUAGCACUCUCCUGCCACUGCCUGUCGCUGUACUCAAGGGGAGCUCUAGGUUUGCCUGCCCCUGCAGCUGAUUGUACGCAAACUGAUCUAGCUCGUGUGGAAAAUCAAAGCUCAUCGAUAUGCAUGUAUGUACAACCUAUUGCGAGUCAUUUUAUGCGAGUAUAUUCUUUGUAUCA